AUGGCAAGCUUGAUAGGACAAAAUAGACAUUACUGGGCUCGUGGAAAAGUUCUCGGAGGAUCAAGUAUAUACAAUAAUAUGCAAUAUGUGAGAGAAAGUAAAUAUGAUUAUGACGAAUGGGCGGAAAACGGAUGCAUAGCGAGAAAAGAUAUAAUUUUAUCUGCUGGAGCGGUUGGCUCGCCACAAAUCCUCAUGUUAUCAGGAAUAGGGCCUAAGAAGCAUCUGGAGAGUUUAAAUAUAAAUGUAGUAAAUGAUCUUCCAGUUGGGAGAAAUUUACAAGACCACCUUUUGAUAGUGUGCCCUUCAGAUGUUAAUGCAACAUUAGAAAUUUUAGCUUAUCUUAUUUACUGUCUUAAUUUUCUGCCCAAAACACUAAUUGUAAAAAAUGUAAACAGCAAAUACGACUACAUUAUUGUUGGAGCCGGUUCAGCUGGUUCCGUUCUGGCUGCAAGACUGUCUGUAGAUUUAGAUGUGAGUGUCCUUCUUAUCGAAGCAGGUGGCGAGGAAACAGACAACUCAACCUUCUAUGAUCCGCCAUUGCUUGCACAAAUUUUACAACAUGCAGAAUCUGACUGGGAGUACUACACCACAUCUCAAGCGAAGUCUGGAAUGGCAAGUUCGAUUGCUGGAAACAGACACUACUGGCCUCGUGGAAAAGUUCUUGGAGGAACAAGUAUGUACAAUAAUAUGCUUUACGUCAGAGGAAGUAAAUAUGACUAUGACGAAUGGGCGGAAAACGGAUGUAAGGGCUGGAGCUAUGAAGAUGUACUGCCCUACUUCUUAAAGUCAGAAGACAUGUUGGAAAGUGAAUUCAAAGACUCUGAAUACCAUCAUGUUGGUGGACCAUUGGGCGUGAGCCUGGAUACUGUUUUUAUAGAUUUGGCGAGGCGAUUCGUUAAGGCUGGUAAAGAAUUAGGAUACCCAGAAAUUGAUGAUUACAAUGGCAAUAACCAACUCGGUUUUGGGAUAAGUCAAAUCUCUGUGAGGAAUGGAGUACGGGCAAGUACAGUAAAAGAGUUUCUACGCCCGGUUUUGACUCGCAAAAAUUUACACGUUACUGUUAAUUCGCAUGUAACAAAGGUCAACAUAGAACAGGAAACCGCUACAGGUGUGACAUUUGUUAAAAAUGGAGUAAAGAAAAUUGUCACAGCGAGAAAAGAAGUAAUUUUAUCUGCAGGUGCGAUUGGUUCGCCACAAAUCCUCAUGUUAUCAGGAAUAGGUCCCAGGAAACAUUUAGAGAACUUAAAUAUAAAUGUAGUUAAUGAUCUUCCAGUUGGAAGAAAUUUACAAGACCACCUUUUGAUAGUGUGCCCUUCAGAUGUUAAUGAAACAUCAGAGGUAUUAAGUAAGUCGCAAGCUGAAGGCUUCUUAAAAGAUGUGAAAUACGUAUUAUUUAAAACAGGCGUGUUAUCAUCUACAGGUACCGUUGGAACAGCUUUUAUAAAGUCUUCGGAACAAGUUGAAAAAUACCCAGAUAUUCAGUUUCAUAUUGGUGUCACAAAGCUGAAUUUAGAACUUUUCACACUAAAUGAAACAUAUCUCAAAAAUGUGUAUGAUAAGGGUUUUAAGGAAGGCUUUGCUCUGAUCCCAAUAUUGUUGCAUCCUAAAAGUCGUGGUACGAUAACAUUAAAAAGUACCGAUCCGUUUGAUUAUCCAAACAUUGACCCGAAUUAUUUAGACAAUGUAGAGGACAUUGAAGUCUUAAAGAGAGCAAUAAAGAUAUCGGAGAAGUUACUUGAGACAGACAGUUUUAAACAAAUAGGGGCGAAUUCCGAUAUCUUUAAAAAUGCCGACUUCUGUGCAAUGCAUGAAUACAAGUCGGAUGAAUUUUAUGAAUGUCUGAUAAGAAAUUUAGCUCAUACUGUUUAUCAUCCAACAUCAACAUGUAAGAUGGGUGCAGACACAGACCCUGAAGCUGUCGUUGAUCCUGCGUUGAAAGUGAAGGGAAUAGAAGGCCUUCGAGUGGUAGACGCUUCUAUAAUGCCUAAUAUCGUUUCUGGGAAUACUAAUGCUCCCGCUAUUAUGAUAGCAGAAAAGGCCGCUGACAUGAUCCGUGGCAUAGACUCGGUUAACGACAUUCGCGAAAAUUUAAAAAAUGAAUACUAA